AUGUCUUCUAAAACCCAACCAGCAGUGCCACCGGUGCUGGCCCAUUCAGCUGCGGAGCUGAUUGGCAACACGCCAUUAGUCCGUCUGAACAGAAUCCCGCAGAGUCUGGGAAUCGAGGCCGAAGUCUAUGCUAAGGUAGAGCUAUUCAAUGCGGGUGGGAGCGUGAAGGACCGUAUUGCUUUACGCAUGGUUGAGGAGGCGGAGAAGGAAGGAAGGAUAAAACCAGGAGAUACGCUCAUUGAGCCAACGAGCGGCAACACUGGUAUUGGUCUAGCCCUCGUAGGCGCCAUCAAGGGCUACAAGACAAUCAUUACGCUUCCGGAGAAGAUGUCCCCAGAGAAGGUUGCAGUACUCCGGGCACUUGGUGCAACUAUCAUCCGUACCCCCACUCAAGCCGCAUUCGACUCCCCUGAAUCGCAUAUCGGCGUUGCCAAACGUCUGCAGAAAGAGAUACCCAACUCCCAUAUCUUGGAUCAGUACGCAAACCCAAACAACCCUCUCGCCCAUGAGUAUGGAACAGCGGAAGAAAUAUGGCAACAGACAAAUGGAAAAAUCAAAGCCAUUGUCGCUGGAGCUGGUACGGGAGGAACUAUUACUGGUCUCUCCCGAGGAUUGAAGAAGCACAAUCCGGAUAUCAAGGUUGUGGCGGCUGACCCCCAAGGAUCCAUUCUUGCGGUACCGGACAGUUUGAAUAAAGAGCACGCCGAUGAACCAUAUAAGGUAGAAGGUAUCGGCUAUGAUUUUAUACCAGAAGUUUUAGACCAGAAGUCCGUCGAUAUCUGGUACAAGACAGAUGACCGGGAAUCGUUCGCAUAUGCCAGACGUCUCAUAGCAGAGGAAGGUCUCCUUGUUGGUGGGAGCAGUGGGAGCGCAAUUGCCGCUAUGGUACGGGCGGUGAAGGACCUGGAUCUUAAGAAGGGAGACAUAAUAGUUGUCAUUCUGCCAGACAGCAUCCGAAGCUACCUGAGCAAGUUCGCCGACGACGACUGGCUAGCAGCCAACGACCUCCUCCCAGAAACUCCACCAAACACCACUCCUUCAUCCCCAAUCCUCGAACCCUCAUCAAAGAAGAAAGAUCCAUACGCAGGCGCCACACUACGCUCUCUCCGUCUGAAGCCCGUGACGACUGUCCUUGCCGAUUCGCCCUGUUCCGAGGCGGUCGAGACUAUGCGCGAAAAAGGCUUCGAUCAACUUCCCGUCCUUGCUCCCAGUGGAGGCAAACUCGUUGGGCUUGUCACUCUAGGUAACCUCCUCAGUUACAUCAGCCGAGGCCGUGCUACUGGCGCAAGCCUUGUCUCGGACGUCAUGUUCGAUUUCCGGGCCAUUCCCGAAGUUGUCACCGAUCCAAAAGACAUCAGCACGCUAACUGCAGCGCCCAAAACGAACAGUCUUGAGGAUGGCCGUGAUGUGAAGCAAGAACAGAAGGGCGCGAAGAGAGCAUUCGUGGAGAUUACAAUGGAUACGCCAUUGAGCGCUUUGGGUAAAUUCUUCGAGUGGAACAGCGCUGCUGUUGUUACGGAGAAAGUAGGCGGUGAGAGCAAUGGUCUGUCUAAACCAGUUGCGGUUGUGACAAAGGUUGAUUUGUUGAGCUGGAUGGUUAAGCAGACCAAAGUAUGA